AUGUCACCAGGAGCUUGCAAUCUCGAAACUAAUAUGGACGACUGUGAUUGGAACAAACAACAAUGUGACCAAUAUGUUACAUUUGAUAGUGAGACCAUGUCAUUAGGAGCCGGAGCUUACAAUCAUGUUGUGGACGAUACGCAUCAAUGGAACUUCAACCACACUGUAGAUAAUGCGCAGCCAUGGAAUUAUAACUACAACAUAGAUAAUGCGCAACCAUGGAACGAAUACACAUAUGUACAACAUGAUUUUCGAAAACAGAUAAAAACUUUGCAGAAAGUAUACGACCACGAAACUAAAAGUCAUAUUUUAAAUACACAGCAGUGGGGGCAACAUAUACAAUCAAAUUGUGAAGAAUAUACAAUCAUGGUACGCAAUACCCACGACUAUAUCACGGAAGGCACACAGCCAUGGAAUCAAGAACUAAGAUGCAAAGAAGAAUACAAUGAUAAUACAAGAUGCGUACACGAACCUUAG